GCGGCCCCACCGGAGCACCCCCCCCUCCCGCCCCAACUAUGAAUCUCUUCCGAUUCCUGGGAGACCUCUCCCACCUCCUGGCCAUCAUCUUGCUACUGCUGAAAAUCUGGAAGUCCCGAUCGUGUGCCGGGAUUUCGGGGAAGAGCCAGGUCCUGUUUGCCGUGGUGUUCACCGCUCGCUACCUUGACCUGUUCACCAACUACAUCUCCCUCUACAACACGUGCAUGAAGGUGGUCUACAUAGCCUGCUCCUUCACCACAGUCUGGAUGAUUUACAGCAAGUUCAAAGCCACUUACGACGGCAACCAUGACACGUUCAGGGUGGAGUUCCUGGUUGUUCCCACAGCCAUCCUGGCAUUCCUGGUCAAUCACGACUUCACCCCUCUGGAGAUCCUCUGGACCUUCUCUAUCUACUUGGAGUCAGUGGCCAUUUUGCCACAGCUGUUCAUGGUGAGCAAGACUGGGGAGGCGGAGACCAUCACCAGCCACUACCUGUUCGCGCUGGGCGUCUACCGCACGCUUUAUCUCUUCAACUGGAUCUGGCGCUACCACUUUGAGGGCUUCUUCGACCUUAUCGCCAUUGUGGCCGGCCUCGUGCAGACAGUCCUCUACUGCGAUUUCUUCUACCUCUACAUCACCAAAGUUCUGAAGGGGAAGAAGCUGAGCCUGCCGGCCUAGCCCUGGUCCUGCCAGCCCUCUCCACAGCCGGCUGGGCGGGAGGCAGGGGAAGGUGAACCAGGUGACUGGAGACAAAGCGCCUUCCUCCUUCUCGUCCAAGGGUGACUUUUUAAAGAGCCCCACGUCUCCCCACUUCCCAACACCACUCCUGCCCAGUUUUGGGGUGGGGGUGUGUGGUGGAGGACCCGUAUCUUGGGGAGCUCAGGACUUGAGCUGUUUGUAGUUUUUUGCCUUUUAGAGAAGAGAAAAAAAAAUACAAAACUUUCCACUAUUUAGUUUUUGAUUCUGAUGACUCCUUUUUCUCUUGUAUUCUGAUCCCCAAUUUUUAUAAACUGUUUUUGAUUAUCCUCUGGGCUGGGGCAGGGCUGGAGAUCUUGUCCCUUCCUCAAGACCAUCAGUCCCCCACUUUCAGAUCCCAAUCCCAGACUCCCCCCACUGAUUGCCAAACACUACACCUGCAGAAGCCCCCCCCCCCACCUCCCAUUCCCCUCUGUGGCCCCAAGUUCCUGGGCUGGAUGGAGGUAAGGAGGAAGGGAGGCUGAGGAACUCUGAUCUUUUCAUACUAAUUUUUUUUUUUUGCCCAGAAUUUGGGAUUUUUGGGGGGGUCUUGUUCUGAUUUUUGACAAGAGCUGUGGGCCCGGGCGUGAGAAGGGGACAGGCCCGAGGAUCACUCACCUCUAAUGCCAUGUUUUUUGUACAGAACUCAAUGGUUCAUUCUUUGUUCUCUUGAAAUAAACAGAGGAAAAUGAUACCUGU